AUGGCCGAUCUCAGAAUGAAACCAGCCAAGGCAGAAAAUUCCAAUCUCCAGGGAGAUAUCGAGACGCUUCCAGGAGACUAUGCCAAUUUCGCAGACAGAGACAAAGCUUUGAGUUUGCUAGUCGAUCGCAGUGAUGCGUUUGACGCGGACUCAUCUGAGGCAAAGCGAGUCAGACGAAAGAUCGACAUGCGUAUCAUGCCAAUGAUAUUCGUGAUCUACUGCCUUCAACUCAUGGAUAAGAAUAGCUUGUCCUUUGCUGCGAUCAUGGGCAUCAAAGAAGACACGGGUCUCACAGCUACACAAUAUUCGUGGCUUGGUUCGCUGGUAUAUUUCGGCUACCUUGGAGGCGACAUCCCGUCGACAUUUCUUAUGCAACGUGUAAAUCUAUCCAAGUAUUUCAGCAUCAUGUGCAUGAUUUGGGGGGUGGUUGUUGCAUUGCAUGCAGUGUGCCAAAGCUUUGCCGCGUUGGUUGCUGUUCGAUUCUUCUUGGGCGCCAUCGAGGUCUCAACAGUCCCCGUGGCUAUCCUGAUUAGCGGUGCCUUCUACACAGCAGAAGAGCAAGUCACCAGGGUGGCGAUCUGGUAUACGACUUCCGGAUGGGCAGCUGUUUUCGGAGGCUUCUUUGCCUGGGCGAUAUAUCAUGCAAGCCACUUUCGAUGGCAAGGGCUUUUCAUACUUUAUGGAGCGAUGACCUUUGUGACUGGGAUCUUCUUAUUUCUGUUCUUGGCCAGUUCGCCAACUGAAGCUAGCUGGUUGACCGAGGAAGAAAAGGUCAUCGCGCUGAAACGAGUGAGAAGCAACAAGACCGGAACUGAGCUUAAGACGUUCAAUGCGUCCCAGCUGCGGGAAGCUAUGCUUGACGUCCGCUUGUACCUGAUCUUUCUGCUGCUUCUUUCGACUGGAUUACCUAAUGGUGGACUUACUGCUUUCGGGCCGACUAUCGUCAACAACUUCGGCUACAGCGUGCCCACCACUCAGCUCCUGAACAUAGCAUCCGGGGCGGCUCAAGUACUUGGCACUAUCCUCGCUUUAUGUGUUGCGAAAGCGACCAACCGCACUAUUGCCGCUAUCGUGACCCUGAUGUUGGCAUGUGUUGGGACUGCCAUGAUGCUUGGUAUUCCAGCUUCCCACAAUCUGGCUCGUUAUGGUGGCUAUGUGCUGGCUUAUCAGUUUCCUGUUUGUGUUCUAUUCAUCAUCACAUUUUUGACAUCAGGGAUAUCUGGGUCCACGAAGAAAUUCGCGUUUGGGUGUUCUUAUCAACUUGGCUAUGCGAUUGGCAAUAUAAUAGGCCCGCAAACAUACAGGGCGCAUGAUUCACCGAAUUACUAUCCUGCCAAAUACACUAUGCUCGCCUCGUUACUCCUUACCGCGUGUCUGAUAGGAGUUUACGGCUUUCUCCACCAUCGGUGGAAUCUGCGAAAUCAAAAGCGUGGAAUGGCUUCGACAUCUGACCAAUCAAAUACAGACGGAAAUGAAGCGUUUGCCGAUUUUACUGACUUCCAAAUAAUCAACUUCAAAUAUCCGGUAUAG